AUACUAUAUUAGCUCUGCAUAAAUGCCGGGAUCUCAUGAGCACCUACCUCAGCUUGGGCCUGAGAAAGCGAGAAAGCAGAACAGGUCUCUCUGUGUAGAGAGCAGAACUGGUACUCAAACCAUGCUGCAAUCCAGGGCAUUGGUGAUAGCUCUGAUUCUGCUCCUUAGCACCACUCUCCCCGAAGUGCAGUCAAAGUCCAUCUUUGAGAAGGACCGUCGUGAGUUGCUGGCCAUCCCUGAGGCUAUUGCAUCUUACUUUUAUGAAGCUUUUAACAAGGUGUCUCCUAAAGUCAGUCAGUUCUUGUUGGAUACUGUCCAGAGUCCAACAGUUAUUGCGGCCAGACAGAGAUUCGCCAAAGAAGCAACUAAAGUCAGUAUAAUGUUUGAACAGCUGAUUGAAAAAAUAAAGAACCUGUGGUACACAAGAGUCCUAGGCUAUUAGCCAAAUGAAGACGUGUUUCCAGAUAUAAGUGUGUAACACCCUGCAGUGUCCUCUUUCCCCCUGCCCUCCUACGGACGAAGAUCAGUCAAUAAGACAG